AUGCCCAGCGUACAGACUAAACACGCGAGCGACAGCAAACGUGCAUAUGGAUUACCUGAUGGUAAGCAAUCAGCGCCGCCUAUGGACACCCGCAACAACGGAACAGACUAUAAGUUACCGGAACUAAAUACAUUGCCGAAAAUUAUAAAUGGUGGUGUCGCGGGCAUUGUGGGUAUAUCCGUGGUGUUUCCAUUGGAUUUAGUAAAGACAAGACUUCAAAAUCAAACAAUCGGCCCACGUGGCGAAAGGCAAUAUAAAAACAUGUUUGAUUGCUUCAAGCAGACAUAUCGAGCAGAAGGUUACUUCGGCAUGUACCGAGGGUCUGCUGUCAAUAUCUUACUGGUCACACCAGAGAAAGCUGUGAAGUUAGCGGCAAAUGACGUAUUUCGAUAUUACUUAGCCAAUCCGGACGGGACCGUAACGAUCCUAAAUCAGACGUUUGCUGGUGGCUUGGCGGGGGCGUACCAGGCGUUAAUUACAACACCUAUGGAGCUCCUCAAAAUACAGAUGCAGGACGCUGGAAGAAUUGCAGCGCAACUCAAAGCUGAUUAUUUAUUGAGGAAGGCUUUAGGCUGUAAAACAUCACGCUACGAUCAGAAGGAGCCGAUCUGGGUCGACAAACGAGCAGACGGGUUACCUGAUGGUAAGCGAUCAGCGCCGCCCAUAGACACGCGCAACGGAGGAGUUACGACCGGAGGAAAAAUACCUGAACGACAAUCAGCCUGGGCAAUAACGAAAAAGUUAUAUUCUGAAAGGGGUUUUUUCGGAUUCUAUAGAGGCAUGAGAGCGACUAUGCUUCGAGAUAUUGGUUUCAGUGCGAUUUACUUCCCCAUGUUCGCAAUCAUUAGUAAAUGGGGGCAGAGGCCAGAAGAUAUAACACCUCCUUUCUGGUGGUCGUUCGUAUCGGGCUAUAUCGCGGGCUCUACUUCAGCCGUUGCCGUCACUCCGUUUGAUGUGAUCAAGACUCGAAUGCAAACAAUCACAAAGGGCACUGGCGAACGACAAUAUUCAGGGGUUGUGGAUUGCGUUACGUCCACGGUCCGGAACGAGGGCAUAACAGCGUUGUUCAAGGGUGGAUUGUGCCGUAUGAUUGUGCUGGCACCUCUAUAUGGAAUCGUACAGGGAGUCUACUACCUCGGCAUUGCCGAGUACUUGUUAGGCUACAAACAACAGAGAUUUGUCUGA